ACCUUUGAGCAGGUUCCGAUCAGCUGGAACAAAAAAACACAACAAUAACAGAAGCGAUUCCGGCUGCGUCGGGCGCGGAGACAGUCGGACCGCACCUUUCUCGUGUUUCAAUGGAUUUAUGCGUUAAAUGAGCGAGAAUCUGGACAUUAUUUGGAGUUAAUAACAAUACUUCCUGGAUGGAGUCAUUAAAAAGGACAAAAACGAAGGAUAUUUUGGAUUAAAGUGUCAGAUGAGAACAGAAACCGGACUUGGGCUUUGUUUCGCAUCCGGAUCGGGUUGUAUCGUUAUAUUUAGUUUCUUUACAGCCUGUUUAUAAAUAUAAUAACACGCUUCUAACACGUUUACCACUGCUCAAGUAAAAACAAAGUCUAAAAUAGUUACAAAAUAUCCCAACAUCGUCAAUAAUUUGAGGAUUAUAUUGAGUAAUUUUAUGUUUUAUGCACUUUAAAGGUUAAAACUGCAUUGCUAUUUGUAUAUAAUGAUCUUUAUUUAUGAUGAAGUGUGUGUGUUAUGCUCUUCAGCCAUUUUCAAAAGCACUUCCUUAAAGGAACCUCAACUCUAAACUCAUAAUGCAUGCGAAAUAUAGCCUGAACAUGUUUAUAAAUAACAUGCAUGGUGUUAUUCUGAACUUUUAUUAGUGUAAAGUUGAUUUUUGUUUUGCAAACUGAAGUUGACCUACAUUCUGGCCUUGUGGUUUGGGAGACUCACCCAUAUGUUCAGCCAAGGCCUGUUUUUAACAUGCUUUUCAGUGUCACAACAUGCAUUUUAAAAAGCAACCCGUUUCCAUGCGUUGAAAGUCUUAAGGAUCUCAAAUAAACCUAGAGACUAAGUGACCCCCUGUUGUUUUAGCCCGAUAUGUCUGAGAGUUUUAUAUCGGGUCAGACCUCGGAGGACCUGCUGGCGGAUUUUGAGUCGCUCUUAAACAAUGGCAGCAUCGAUCUUAGCGAAGAUCAUCAAAUUGUCAUCAUCUCCACUCCCGGCACGGCCACGACCAGCACUGCGGCCGGGGACAUCUUGCUGUUUGCCACCCCUCAUCACACCACCACUGCCACCACGACCCUGCCGGACCACCGGAGACCCACUUUGGGUCGCCCGCCGGUAAAAAGGAAGUUGGAUUUGGACAGCGAUCAUCAAUAUAUUUGCACAUCCAGACCUGCUUCACAUGGACCAGCACCUCCAGCCACACCCGCACCUCCCAGAGUGCCUAAAGUGGCUACGGAGAAAUCCCGCUACGACACGUCUUUAAAUCUGACCACCAAACGCUUCCUGGAUCUCUUGGCUCAGUCGCCGGACGGCGUAGUCGAUCUCAACUGGGCCUCUCAGGUGCUGGACGUCCAGAAACGGCGCAUCUAUGACAUCACCAACGUCCUGGAGGGAAUCCACCUGAUCUCUAAGAAGUCCAAGAACAACAUUCAGUGGCUGGGGAAUCGUAUCGACGGGGCGUCCGUGGCCAGGUUUCAGGCGCUGCAGAGGGAAGUGUCUGAGCUGACGGAUACUGAGGAGAAACUCGACGAGCUCAUUAACAAAUGCAGCUUACAGCUGCGGCUGCUCACAGAGGACACGCACAACAAGAAGCUGGGAUACGUUAGAUGUCAAGACCUGCGUAACACAGUGAACCCGCCGGACCAGAUCAUCAUGGUGAUUCGAGCUCCGGCAGAGACACAGAUGCAGGUUUCUGAACCUAGCGAGGGUUACCAGAUUUCACUCAAGAGCUCCAAAGGGCCGAUCGACGUGUUUCUGUGUCCGGAGGACAGUUCUGGGGUCUGCAGUCCUGUCACUGAUUGCAGUCCAGCGAAAUCGUCCAGUCAGAGCCCCCCACAGUCUGAUCCCGUCUCACAGGAAGUGGCAUCAUCAACGCCGGCGACUCUCCCCAGCUCCUCCCCGCUGCCUUUGGGUGGAGACUCAGAGUCAUUUCUGGACUCGGACCCGUUUUCCGGCAUUUGCGAGAUGCCCGAUUUCGAUUUGUCUCCUUUGGACUCGUCUGACUUCCUCCUGGAGCGGGGCGGCGCGUCAGACGCCAUCGGCCUCCCGCUAGAUGGCUUCAUCUGUCUGUCUCCUCCACACAACCAGGACUAUCACUUCGGCCUGGAGGAUCACGAAGGCGUCAGCGAGCUGUUCGACUGCGACUUCAGCGACCUCGGCACUCUGGCAGAAUUCUGACAGACCAAUCCGCGCGUUUGUUUCCAAGUGUGAACGGAAAGCUGAUUCCACUUCGCUUUAGAAUUCAGAUUCGCUCAGAGUGCUCUGAGCACCGCCAUUUAAUUUAUUAAUAAAAAAGUCACCUUUAAAGAAACAGUUACCCAAAAAUGAACAUUGAAACAAAUACUCAUUUUUGGGUGAACUUUCUUAAAUCUCUCUUUUUUGUUUUUAUUCAAAUUUAUUGUAAAUGUAAUGUCAUCGUGAAGGUUUUAGGAUGUCGUAAUCGUACUGAAUAGAGGAUUGAAUAUAAACUGACAGGUUUUAAAGACUUAUUUCUCAGGAGAAUCGUUUAGUAUUUCAGGUGAGUGAAAGUACUAGUUACCGCAUGUAUUUAGGGCCUGGUUAUGUUGCAUAGGUUGGUUAUGCAUGCUGCACGAUAAUCAAUCCGUCAUCGCUAAUAUGGCGAUCGAGAGGAUUUACGAGAAAAUGAACAUCACAUAUUCACACAGUCGUAAUAUCAAUGUAUUUCUAAUGACAAUUAUAUACACAAGUUCUGUGCAAAUGUUCAUCAUGUCACCAAUUCUCUGGCUUUCUUAAAGUUCUUCAUCUUUUAAUGCAUUGUAUGUGUAGGUUUGUGCAUUUUUAUCGCUGUUACAGGAGACGUGCUGUAUUUAUUAUAAUUAAUAUCUGAUCCUGGUACAGUAAAUGCCCAGUUAUUAUAUAUAGUCCCCUAAUUUUUUUUUUUUUUUUUUCAUGUGCAUGUGUGUAAAUAUUCAUAUACUUUCCAGCCUCAUCCUAAAUAUUAAUCUUGAUAUUUAAAAAGCACUAUAUAUUUUUUUUUUCUUUAUUUCUUCAGCCCUUUCUAGGAUUCCUUUUAAGAGUCCAGAGAUAGAAAUAAUGUCUCAUUUCUAUAUUUCCCUCCUGGAGUUUGAAUUGUAAAUGAUUUCUAGCUUUCAGCUGUUUUAGAGUUGUAAUUCCACUUAAACUGUGCGUUUAGCUACAGGACGAAGUAUAUAUAGUCACAUGAAAGGAUUAUAAUGAUGUAACGUCAUUGUAGUGGGGUAUUUAAAUGCAUUUUGAUAAGGUAGAUUUGAUUUUGAAAGGUCUCUGAAGUUUAAGGACACUGUUUGAUAAGCUCUUCAUCUUAUAAAAUGUAUAAUUUAAUGCAAAUUGGCCAUCUGUGUGUAGAUUUGCCUGGGUUUUGCCUUAUUUUGUUUUUCGAAGGCAGCUUUUGUUUAGUUGAAUGUGUUUUUGUGCAGAGACCGUUGUGUAAAUCGUAAAUGUGCAGGUGUGUGUGAUUUUGAUGUUUGUAUGAUAAUUGUCAGGUAGUUUUGGUUUCGUUUUGUUCUUGUUUUAUUGUGUUUGCGAGGUCGAGUUGUCUGGGACAAUUCUUAUGACAGGAUCAAGCGCUUUUGUUGAGUGUGAUUCCUCUUUAUCUGGUUGUACAAUGGCAAUAUUUUUGUUAUAGGGCUUUUUGUGCAUAAUUGGUUUUUCUGUUUACUUUAUAAACCACUUUAAAAAGUGGCCAAUGGCACGGUGGACGUGUGUACUUUUAAAAUUAAGUGCAAAUAAAAUCCGAUUUGGAUCUGAAAUCCAUUUAAAUCGACAAGAAUUAUGGCUUUAUAUUCCAUUUUCAGCAGUUACAGUGUUUUUAGUUCUACAGGUUUGAAGUUUAAGAUUAAAAGGGUUUUUGUUUUCGAGCACUGAUUCAUUGUUUCAGCAGAAGGGAUGAUAUUCGUGAUGUGACGUUAAUAUUUUCAGAUUAUCACUUGUCAAUCACAGAUUAAUGGAUUGUUUUUGUUCUGACAACAUCAAUAAACAUUU